GAUAACUAUAGGAGCUUCUUGAAAGAGCUUGGCAGAUUGGUGCUCCGGAUUUGGGGAAAUACGUACCAUGCCUCUCCCGAUCAUCUCACACACCUUCAGCAAUGGCCUCUCGUCCAUCCCCUACGCAUAUCCCAUUGCCAAAACGGCAUCAGGGAUUGCCGCCAUUGCGCUGCUCAAACGAUACUUUGGCGGUGCUAUAAACCAGUCCGAGCGUACUAUGCAUUCUAAAGUAAUUAUGAUUACGGGCGGCACUUCAGGCGUGGGAGCAUCGAUUGUUCAUGAACUUGCUUCUCGCGGUGCCCAAAUAAUUAUCCUUACGCAACAUUCGCCCAGUGACCCUUUCGUUGUGGACUAUAUCGAGGACGUCCGCAACAGCACCAACAACUCGCUCGUAUACGCCGAACAAGUUGAUCUUUCCUCCCUUCAUUCCGUCCGGCGCUUCGCUACGAAGUGGAUAGAUAAUACACCCCCACGACGGCUAGAUAUGGUUAUUCUAUGCGGAAACACCUUAACUCCACCGUGCUCUCCGGAGUUGCAAAAUACGUCCGAUAGACUAAACAGAGAGUGGCAGGUGAACUACCUAGCCAAUUUUCAUUUACUAAGUAUAUUAAGCCCUGCACUGCGCGCUCAGCCGCCAGAUCGGGAUGUAAGAGUCAUAUUUGCGACCUGUUCGAGUUACAUCAGGGCGGAGUUGGACUUUGAAACGCUGGAAGCCAGAACAUCGGAAGCAACGCAGGGUUCAAGCACAUCCAAAGCAAAGUCAAGCGUCAAAGGAACAAUAAGGAGCGGGUCUAAAUCCAGCAGCAGCAUGUAUGCUACAUCUAAACUCGCCCUCUUGAUAUUCGCGCGGUCAUACCAAGCUCAUCUGGCCAACUACGACAACUCCAAUCGGACCAAAAAGCAAGCGGCCCGUCCUACCAAUUCGCGCGUGCUCGUGGUGGACCCGGGAUUUUCGAGAACGCCGGGAACGAGGCGCUGGCUCACCGGCGGAUCUCUCCUGGGGCUAUUAUUCUACCUUCUUACAUGGCCAAUAUGGUGGCUUAUUCUCAAAUCACCCCAACAGGGAGCACAAAGCUUUCUUCUAGCAGCGAUGGAAGCUGGGCUGAGCGCGGUGGGCGAGACGGACGAAGACAGACAAAGGCGAAUAGUGGGUAUUCAAGGAGGCAGGUUGAUAAAGGAAUGUAAGCAGCGGGAAGUUCUGAGAAAAGAGGUGAUGGAUGAUAAAAUUGCCGAGAAGUUAUGGAAGUUUAGUCAAGAGCAGAUUGAAAAAACUGAGAAAGCGAGUGCCCUUCGGAGAGCGAUCGAGAAGGGGGAAAAGCAAGAGGAGGCGAAGAAGAAACAGAAGCCUGUCAGAGGUAAAAAGGAGGGAUGAAAAAUCUGGCAAUGGGGUGAUUUUAUUAUUUACGUGUUUCGUGCUGCCGAUAUCCAUUCACUAGCCUUGAUGGCGUCGGAAUCGGGGACUUUCUUGAGUCAGCAAGAUAACCUAGACGGUAAGGAGGAAAGAAAAUAAUUGCAUCUUAAUCCACAAGACAGAAUAGAAGACCUAUUCUAUUUUGUCGGUACAAACAUACAUAUCGAUUGCACUAUCUCCCUACAAACACGGCAAUCUAUAAUCAAUCAAUAUAGAACGAGAACAUCACCGGACGAACUAUACUUCCGGAGAGAACAAAAGAGCAUUAUUUCCCCCCAGUACCAACCCAAAUCGAUUGCUUUUGCUUAUUAUUCGCCGUUAUAUUUACCCUUCCCUUGAAACUGUAUAUCACAAUAAAUUCAAAUGCCGGCCCCUUAAUUUUGUUUUAGCUUGGCGAGAAAUUCCUCUGGUGGUGACUGUCGAUAUCCCUGGGGAUUGUUCUUUGUCCACCGCCAAAGGUCUUCGCAGGCUUGCUCGAGAGUUCGUGUGGCCUUCCAUCCCAAUUCACGAUUCGCACGAGACGGGUUCCCGGUUAGAUCCAGAACAUCACCAUCGCGACGGGCAACGACCUCAUAUGGCAAGUCGCGGCCAACAGCUUUGCUAAAAGCCUUGAUAAUGUCGAAGACGGUGCUGCCUUUGCCGGUGCCCAGGUUCCAAGCGCGGACGCCGGGACGGUUGUCGCGGAGAUAGUUGAGGGCUUCCAGGUGGCCAUUUGCAAGAUCAAGGAUAUGAAUGUAGUCACGGAUAGCGGUGCCGUCAUGAGAAGCGUACAUCUCCAAACACAAGGAGCUUUUCUCGUUUCCCCGUAGCUACUUGUGCAAGCAGUGGAAGCAGGUUGUACGGCACGCCCUGUGGAUCCUCGCCCAUGAUUGCGCUCGGGUGAGCACCUGCAGGGUUAAAAUAGC